UGAGCCGUUUGAGCUUUUUCAAUUUCACUUUGACCUUUUUGGAUGGAAUGAAGAUUCUGAUCUGCCAUUUCUUUUAUAUUAAUUACCGUCUCUCUGGUCUCGUAAAUAUUGUUAUGGAUGAACUGCAUCAACUUUUCAUUCUCCUUCCAUGUUUCUUCCAAUUGCCUUUGGAAAGGAAAAAGAAAACAAAAAAAAAUGGAAAAGACAAAGAAAAUGAUCAACAAGCGAAAUUCAAACUUCUCUAAUCAACUAGUUUACCUUAAAGCAAUUUGAUUAUCCAUGAGACUUCCAGUUGAUUUUUUCGCUUUCUUAUCAAUCAGUUGUUCAUGUUGAUUGAAAAUCUUCUCAAUCUCCGGUUGGAAAGUAAACUCCCAAUCAUAAGUGAAAUACUUCAACUCAUCCAUUCCGAACUUGUAAUAAUCUGAUGUUGGCUCUUUAUCGGCUAACGAGGACCUGAUCAAAUUCAUCAGCCGAACAAUAUCACUUGACUCCUCUCGAAUGUCCUUUAAACUUAAAUAGAUCCAAGUUUUAUUCUCUUCGCCACUUUGAAGGACCAAAGUGGCCAAUUUGAGCUUCCAUUUAAUUAAACUUCUCUCAAGCUCAUUGAAUUUCCAAUUAACCGAUGCACACCAUUCAACCAACACACAAUGGUCACUUUUGGCCAUAACAAUCAAGGAAAACUUUCAACUCACCAAUACCCGAAACCCACCGGAAGGAAAGGACCAACGAAAAUCAGAAACUCGAAUCAAAUCCAUUCAAUCAACAAAAAUUCAUCAGUCAAUUAAUCAACAAAAACCAGAUCAAAACAAACAUAAACAAUUUUAAUUUCUCAAAAGUUAUAAUUGAGCAACAAUUAGAGUAAAUUGUCAAUACAAUUCCCAAUUAGAAUCCUUAUCCUCAAUAUAUUGUUAUCCACUUAAUUUUGUAUAAAUUGUAGGAUAAACAAAGUGUAACAUUGAUUUGUAAUUUUACAAUAAUAAGCUAAUUUAUAUAUACCUUUUAACUGGGAUUAAUUUGAUUGUUAAUCAAUUCUAUUCACUAUGUCUGUUAAUUGUGUUAAUUUGUUAGUUGGUUAAAAAGCAAAUUUUGUUUCCUUUUUUUUUUGGGGCUUCUAUUUGAAUUCAAUUUUUUUCUCAUUUAAUUUUGUGACCACAAUUAAGUUAUCAACAUGACAAUUUAUUUGGAAAACAAUUUAUUAGACAAUUAUCAAGUUUUCGUGUUAGGAUUAGUCAGCAUGAUGGGAUUAACUGUCACCCUGAUGAUGUGCGCUUGUGGUAAACAAGAAGAGAAUAAACCAGGAACGGGACCGAACGCGGAUGCAGAGAUUGGAAAACAGGGAGUGCCCGAAGCUCAACAAGCGAGUCAAAUGCCUGGAGCACCUCCGAUAUCAACAGUUGACGCAGAAGCAUCGGGAGCGACAUCACAGGCCACUUCGGCUAUUUCAGGGGUCGAAUCAGGGGUUGGUUCAGCUGUUAGUCCAAGUGGAGUUCAAAGUAACGUUGGAUCACGAAUGUCGUCCGCCGUUGGUUCAGUUGUAGACUCAACGAUUUCUCGAAACUCAGCUGUUAGCAGUGCUGUGGGUUCUUCUGUUGUCUCUACUAUUUCUGGUGUCGACUCUCGGGCAAGUGGAGCAAGUUCAAUGGGUUCAACCGCUGGUUCAACUGUUGACUCUCGAGUUGGUUCAGCCAUGGGCUCAACUGUUGGUUCUACCGCUGGAUCGGCCAUGGGUUCAACUGCAGGAUCAGCUAUGGGUUCAUUUGCUGGAUCAAAUGUAGACUCUCGUGUCGGCUCAGCAAUGGGCUCAACUGUUGGCUCUUCAAUGAAUUCAAACGUUAAUAGAUCAUCGGUUGGAUCAACAGUCGAUUCUCGUGUUUCCGGUGUUUCAGGAAUCGCAUCAUCAAACGUAUCCGGUAUUUCCUCCGCUGUUUCCAACACCUCUCGAGUCUCCAAUAUUUCAGCCGUUGACUCUCGAGCUGUUUCUGGUAUCGAUUCCAAACAAACUUCAGCCAUGUCACAGUUGUCUUCACGUCCAUCCAAUGUUCCAAGUGCAGUAGCGUCAAAAGGUUCAACCACCGGCGCAGUAAAAUCUAAAGGCUCGACCGUCGGUGCAUCGCCAUCAAAAGGUUCGACUGUUGCUUCAUCUCUAUCGAAAGGCUCAACUGCCGCUUCGAAUGUUGGCUCAACCUUAUCCAAAGCAUCGUCCAAGUCAAAAGCCUCAAAAGGAGGAUCUAAAAUGUAACCCCCUCACCCACUCAGCCCAAUCUCCGCUCUCCCAUUCCAACCAUGAAACAGGAAAAAGAGGGAAAAACAAAAUCCACUCCACAGAAAAAAAGAUAAGUUCACAAUUCCAAGUUAUUCCAACUCAUUGGAUCAAUAAAAUCACCAUGGUGAAGAUCAAAAGGGAAUCCAUGAUAAAUUUUUCUUCUCUUUCAUCCUGUUCCCCCCAAAUAACAACUGAGACAACUCUAUCUUCUUGUCUAUCUUCAUUUAUCAUCAACAUUCUAAUUAUAAUAAUAUCAAAUUCUGCUCAUGCUAAGAAUCGGGAAUCUUUUAUGUAAUCGAACA